AUGCCGCCGCCGGGGCUACCAGUACAGGAGGAAGCCAGAAGCUCAAACGCCCUCCAGCACCAACACAGAGACGACUUCCGAGAAUCCCAUCUGAACUCUUAUGAAGCUGCGUGCCAAGCCAAUAUCGCUGUCAGGACAUUCGACUCGACGACGAUCGAGGUUCGCACUAGCAGGUCCAUUAACUCUAUGGCCCUUGGCCAUCUGAUUCCCUCCCUCUCCCUCGACUCUAUCCUGGAAGUCACCGAUUACCUUCCUGAAAUAGAUCCAGAAGUGGUAAACAUUUUUCUCGAAAAUAAGAAAGACACUAUCGAAUUAUCGAAUCUUGUUGAUGAUUAUUCCCAAAAACGUCUUCAAACUUUAGAAGUCAGUACUGCCCUUGAUGUCUGUCUUGAGCGUGGUGGUCAUAUCGAGUCGAUAAUGAAUGUAGCUCUUCGAGUAUUUAAGGAAGAAGAUUACAGUAUUUCGGGUGAAGGGUGUAUGAAAAUUUAUCCGAGAACUUUAGAGGAACUAAGGAAUUUAAAGUCGGCAGUGUAUCCCUUCAUAGAGUUCUUGGAACUGUUUACCUCGAUUUAUAAGCAGCAAGAUUUGAUGACAGAGAAAUUGGAAGCAAAGAAGAGAAAAUUAGACGAGAAGUUGAGGAAAAUGAAGGUAAGUAGCAAAGUCUCUAAUGUGAUAUCUGUCAGUACAUUUGCCUCGGUCUUGAUAUGCUCGGUAGUGGCAGCUGCAGUCAUCGCUCCGCCUGUAGUGACAGCUCUGGCUGCAGCAGCCUCUGUGCCUUCAGGGACUAUGGGGAAAUGGCUCAAAUCGAUUUUUAUGAAGCGCGAGAUGGAUUUAAGAGGGAAAAUGGAGAUAAUUACUUUAAUGCAUACUGGGACUGUUAUCAAGAAAAUGGAUGUUGACAGGUUUCGGAUUAAGAUUGAGGAGUUAUUGGAGUGUGUAGAUUUUGCUACGAGGGGGGAGGGUUCAGUGGUUAUUGCAAUGGAGGAGAUUCAGAAGAAGAUGAAUGGAUUUAUGAAAACCAUUCAAGAUUUGAGCGAGCAUGUAGAUAAAUGUACCCAAAAAACCAGGAUGGCUAGGAACUUAAUUCUACGGAAGAUCAUGAAUCAAAACUUUGAUCACAUGUUACUCGAAGGUACACAUGAGAAUAUGAAUAAUGCUCUUUGA